UUUCCGGUUUAUCACGUGAUGGUCGGUUUGUUGGAACUUUCAACGUAACAGUAUUAUUUUCUCCAAAAUAAUUUACCCUUCAGCUAGCAAUUAUGGUUUGUGGCGGCUUUUCGUGUUCAAAAAAUGCUUUGGCAGCAUUGAAUGUGUUAUAUUUCAUUGUAGCCUUGAUUUUAAUUGGUGUCGCAGCAUAUAGCCAGGUCGUGUCAAUCAUUGUCAGUUUGUCAUUAGUGGGAGGAGUUAUUGCUUCUGGGGUGUUCCUGAUGCUGAUAGCUAUCAUUGGUUAUGUAGGAGCUGUUAAACAUCACCAAGUCUUGCUGUUUUUUUACAUGGUAAUAUUAUUUCUACUGUUCCUGUUCCAGUUCUCUAUAGCAUGUGCCUGUCUUGCAGUCAAUGCUGAUCAGCGUAGUUACUUUGCAAAUCAAGCCUGGACUGCAGCUAGUGAAAAGUCAUUAACAGCUGUCCAAAACAAAUAUGAUUGCUGUGGAUAUUCUGAUCCAAUAAAAUACCCUCAUCCUUCCUGUGCAAAAUUGGCAUGCUGUAACAAUUCAACUAAACCUGCUGAUCCUGUCUGUUCAAAGGAUUUUAAACCAAAUGAAACAUUAACAUAUAAUGGAAUUUGUAAACCAUGUGAAUCAGAGAUGAAAGAGGCCAUACACACAGCUUUCUCUAGCACUGGUGGAGUUGGUCUCUUCUUCAGUUUUACAGAGAUCAUUGGUGUUUGGAUAACAAUACGUUAUAGAAACCAAAAAGAUCCGCGAGCAAAUCCAAGCUCAUUUCUUUAACAUUAAUUAUUGGAGUGAUGAUAGCAAUGCGGUACAGAAACCUGAAAGAUCCUUUAGCAAAUCCAAAUGCUUUUCUUUGAUACAUUUACUGUGUAGUAAUAAGACAUUUUUCCAUGUCCUACAGUUCUGUAGCCAUGCUCACAAAAAAUGAUCUCAACAGAAACUUGUGUAAUUUUGUUAUUAUUUUUUAAAAUGUAGGGAAAAGUUAGAAAAGAAGGAUACACUAAUGUAAUUAUAAGAUCUCAAAACCAAUUUCACUAAAAUCUACAAAACUUAUCCUACUAACAAGAAUUUUACAAGAAAACUUAAAUUCCUUAACCUAUUACAAUGUAUAUAAAUUUUGAGACGGAAAAAAAAUUAAAACAAAAAGAAAUUUUUAUCCAUUUUUUUUUAAUUUUGAAUUAUAUAUUUAUACAGUAAGUGUAUCUCAUUUUAAAAAGCAUAUCUUUUUUGUGAAAAUGGCUACACACUUGCUCAAAACAUUUGAAUUCAGAGGUUGAUGUAUCCUCUUGAAUCUAUUUUCAUCUUUCUAUGAUAUAGUAAAGAGCCAUUGUUGAAUGAUAUGUACAUGUACUUACACUCUGUUAUUGAUGAUAUAUUUAAAUGUGCAAUACGUACAUAUGAUAUAUGUACAAAAAACUUGGUAAUACUUUAGAAACACCACUUUCAAUUAGAUAUUCCUAUGAAAUUUUUGUUUCAUGAAAGUCUCCUCUUUAAAAAAAACCAACAAAAUAAAUGUACUGAUCAUUUUAUUUCGGUCCUGUCUUAAGAAAUGAUUAACAUUUCUAGCCAUUCCAUUUUAGCAUGAUAAUCGGUCUUAAUUUGUGAACACUGCUGUUUUUUGUAAUAUAAAUGAUACUGGAACAGAAAUGGAAAGAAGGAAUGAUUGCCCACAGGUCCAGAUUUCUGAGAACGUUUUUUUCAACCUUCAUGUAUAUAUUCUGCAAAUAUUUCAAAAUGGGAUUUAUAUUCUGCAUAUAUUUCAAAAUGGGUUUUUAUAUUCUGCAUAUAUUUCAAAAUGAGAAUUCCACUUAAUUUAUGAUUCAAAAUUUGUUAAACAUAUUCUAAAUCUCUUGCUGGUGCCUUAAUAUCGGAUGUUCUUAUUUCAAUCCCUGUUUACUGACAUUACUGCAAGCUCACAUUACCUGGUUCAACAUUGGAACCUUAUACAUCAAAAUUAGGUUUUUCGAGUAUCGCUAAAGAAAGUCGUGUUUAAACAGUGUUUACCAGUUUCCACAGGAAACAGAAUAAUUGAAUUAAAGCACAAUCUCUGUAUUUAGCAUUGUUAUCAUUGAAUGAUUGUGUGUAGUUGGAUUGUAAGAAUCAAUUGAACAAGUCUGAUAAAAGUUAUUGUCAGUUAUAAAAUGAUUUGAAAAUGUUUCUUUAUAUUAUUGUGUCUUAGUUAUCUCAAUGAAAGGGGUUGAUGCUAUUUUGUGUAAUUGCUGUCAGUAUAGAAAAAUAAAUUUGUAUUGAUAUGUGUGUUGUGAAAAUGUUCAAGAUGAAAAUUUCUGAUGAAGAUGUUUAAAUACAUUAAAGUGAAUAAAUGUUUGUGAACAGAUAGUUCUAAGAUAUAACAGUUUCUUGAAAACUUUCAAGAAAAAAUUAUUUUCAGAUGGUAUGGUAAAGGAAUAAUUGAUAUACACAAAAUGUAUUUACAAUGAAAUCUAUGAUGAGUUUAUUUACAAUUUGUUGGCUUUUGAAAAAAGAAAUUAGCAUUAAAGAGGUAAAAAAGUCAAAUACCGGUAGUCAAAAUAUUAAUUUUUGUACAAUAGUUGAUAGUCAUACAGUUGUAAAGGACUGAAUAUUUUACCUGUUACCAAUUGUUUAAAAUUAUGUGUAUUUUUCAAUAUUGAUAUAUAUAUAAAAUUGUUUCUAAGUUGGUAUGGGAAAAGCACAUGCACACAAGUCUGACUGUAGUUACUACAUAUAUAUGCAAAAGUUCAGAUUCAAGUUCAACAGUCAAAAACCUAGCAAUUUCAAUCUAAUAGUUUUUGAAAUCUGAAAUAUCAUAUGGAAGAAUUUUUAAGUCUUUGGAUGAAGAUUGCUGAUGAUAUGGAAUGUUUUUUGCAUUAUUUUUAUGAAAUGUUUGCCAAUCAGAUUUAAUUGUAAUUUUAUAUAUAUAUAUGUAUUGGAUUACAAUCUUCAUAAUGCAGUGCUUUUGAAAUCCAGAUUGUAAUUUUAAUUCUUGGUUGUCAGUCUCUUAUAAAUUAAGGGUUUUUUUGGCAUUAUUUCAUUAUUGUAUCAGCUAGUUGGAUAUAAGAUUACAGCUCAGAUCUAGAUUAAAAAAAAAUAAGACUGAAAUAUGUAAUUUUGUAAAUAGAUAGGGUUUGGAUAUUAAAACUUCCAUGACAUUCCUUUUGAUAAUAUCAAAUGAACAAGUCCUUUCCAACUGGUCAGUGUAUCAGCCAAGCAUGCCUGGUCAUAGUAGUGGGUAUAAUAUAAAAUGGUUAAUUUAUAUAAUGGUUGUGAGAUUGUUAAAGGGCAAGGUGAAUUUUUUAAUGUCAUAAUAAAAUUGUAUGUUUGUGUAUAUAUUUAUAUCGAGAGAAACUGCCUGAUAGAAAAGUUGUACUUAAACUCUAAAUGGUUCAUGGGGUUAUCAGUUAUUUUAAACUUGAUGUGUGCUUUUUGAUUACUUAUAAAUAUUGCUAAUUUGAACUUCUAAUAUCAAGCUCAAAAGUUGAAUAUUAAAAUCUGUAAAAAUAUGUAAUAGAUAAUCACAUGUCAUUUUGCAUGUUGGGCCUGGUACCUUCCAUUAAAUGAUAUCAGACCCAUCAGUUUUGAUAUUACACCAGGUCUAAUAUGUGAAAAAUGUGUAAUAAUCUAUAAAUUAUGAUCAUGUGCUAUCAGUAUUAGUUGCCAAUAUCUGAAGGUUGUUUUUUUUUUUACAGAAUCAAACUAAAAACUCUACCAAUUUCUCAAAUUUUCAUCUUGACAGUUAAAAAUGAAUGGAAAAAUUAUUGACAAAUAUUUUGAUAGCUGCAGAUCAAUUGAAAUAUGAUAGAGUAUUAUAUUUAAAAAAUAAUACAAGUAUUAAAAUUCAGUUAAAUUUUGCCAAAAUCUAUUUUACUACCUCUGAUAGGAUUCUCUAGUGAAAGUCAUUUUCCAGAACUUUUCAAAUACUUUAAGAAAAUACAGUUUUUUAUAUGUUUUAUUAUAGCAUAUUUGAAAAUACCAUUAUCUUGUAACAACGCAAUGUAACUAGAUUGUACUCUAGGACUCCUACAUCUAAUGGUAACAGUGAAUAUGUUUCUAUUGUCAGUUUGUUUGACUUUAGAGUCUGUUGAGCCACAUAAGAUGAAAGGGGAUAUAAAUUAUGGACAGUAUAAGCCCAUUCAAUCUUAAAAAGAGACCCAAGUGAUGAAAAUUAGGUAGUUUUAGCAAAGUUUAAAUCAGUACCGACAGAUUGUGUGAAAGUGAUUUGUUAAUAUUAUUGUUUUUAGUAUAUGCAAUAUACAUCAUGGGUAAAGUAUUUUAUCACUCAUCAUAUGACACAAUACAUGUACAUGUUCAUGUGUGCUAAUUUUUUUCCAAAUUUAUUUUUAUUUUAUUGAGCAAUAAUAUUAGAAUUAUUAUGUAGAAAAUAAUCAUUUAUUCGUAUAAAAAUCAGCUGUUUGACAAAUGUAACUUAUUCAUCACCCCUAUAGAAUGUAAACUACAUGUUUUUAAUUAUAUUUAAAAUAAUAACAAAUAAACAUUUGCACAAUUAUACCUUGACCAUGGAAUACACAAAAUAUUAAGGUUAAUGAAUAAUAAAGAACUUUGAAGAAAAAGUAAUAGUAGACAAGGACCUAUUGUUAAAACUUUUUGCUCUUUUAUUUGAUUUCUUAUCCAAGUAAAAAUUGGUAAGAAUUUGUUUCUUUUCCUCAUAACUUACAUGCACAGGCACUUGUCUAAGAAAAACAAAUUCCUAUAUACCUUAAUAUAACAGUAUAACAGUGUUAUAUUAAGGUAUAAAGGAAAUUUUUUUCUGAGACAAGUGCCUGUGCUUACAUGAUAGGUUAUUAAGUAAUGUGUGUUGAAAUUUUUUACAUUAAACAUAUAGACUAAUAACUAUUGUUUCAUUCCGGGAUCAAAUUGACUUGGAAAAAAUAUUCCCAAAAUAUAAUUUUAUGGCAAAUAUAAUGAAUUAUUAUAAAAUUAAUUAGCAAAAGUUUUUUUUUUUUCUUAACUUUUAAAAGUUAAAAAUCUAAAGUUAAAAAUAAGACUUAGUUUUUCCUAGUCCUAACAAGGUGUUAUUCUUGUAGUUGUUCUCUAGUUUAAAAUUCUCUAUGUGUAUCCCGUCUUUGACUUACUAGUUUCAUCUUGUUUGUUUUGUUUGCUUGUUAUAUUAUUUAUUUCUUGAUUUGUGAAUCUCUUUACCUUUAAAAUUAUUAUUUAAUUAAAAUGAGAAAUCCAUUUAUUUA